CAUCAGCGUAUACGGUAGCUAUAAUCACAUUGAAACUCAAAUAAAGAAAAGAUAGUUUUAAAAUGUCUGAUAAUGAGAUUCCUGUUGAUCGUUGGAAAUCGAUGCGUUUUCGUUUAUCAAAAAAAAACCGUAAGCGUAUGAAAACUUAUUUUCAGGAAUACUGUGAUAACACCUCCAUACAUGGUUUUAAAUAUUUGAGUGAAAAUAAAAGGAGUUGGAUUGAAAAGUUCUGGUGGUUUAUCACAAUAACAAUUUGUAUGGGUCUUUGUGGUUAUUUAACUUUAAAAACUUAUCAUAAAUGGAGGAGUACACCGGUUAUUGUUAGUUUUGCAACGAAACAAACACCUAUUUUUGAAAUUCCUUUUCCUGCUGUUACAAUUUGCCCAGAAGCAAAGUUAAAUACAAGCGUUUUUAAUUAUUCUGGAGAGUUAUGGAAAUGGGGUCGAAAAGAGUCAGUUCAGAAAGAAUUAGAAUAUUCAUCUCUAAUUUGUACCUCACCAAAAAAUACAACAGGAGAUCAAUACUGGUCAGAUGAUAAACCCCUCCAAUUUUUGAAUAAAGUCGCACCAAAGUUUAACGAAAUUUUUGUAAGUUGCGUUUACGGCAAAUCGAAAAAUAAGACAUGUUCCGAUUUGUUCAAACCAGUUUUAACAGACGAAGGAGUCUGUUAUACUUUCAACAUGAUCGAUCGCGAAGAAUUAUUCACCAAGAAAGUGAAACCCAUCAAUAAUUAUUUUAAAUUCAACAAAAUUGAAAAUUACAAUGUUUUAAACGGUUACGGUCAAUCUUUAAGUGCUUACCCGAGAAGAGCUUUGUUUACCGGCGCUAAAUAUGGUUUGAAUGUGGUUUUAAAAAUUAACGAAAAGUAUAAUGAUAAAAAGUGUGGAGAUUUAUUAAGAGGAUAUAAAAUUAUUCUUCAUCAUCCAACAGAAUUCCCAAGAUCCACUUUACAUUACUUUCGAUUGCCAUUAAAACAAGCUGUAGUUGCAGCAGUCACACCACAAAUGAUAAACACAAAAAAUACUUUAUUAUCGUAUAGUUAUGAACGGCGUCAAUGUUAUUUUGAAAGAGAACGAAAAUUGGAAUACUUUAACAUUUAUACACAACAAAAUUGCGAAUUGGAAUGUUUAACUAAUUAUAUUGAAAAAACUUUCGGCUGUGUUAACUUUUAUAUGCCCAGAAGAAUUGAUAGUAAUAUUUGUUCGCCAGUUAAUCUCCCAAACAUAACAAUAGCCGAAAAAGCAUUGAUGAUAAAAGAAAUAGCAAAAUAUCUUCAAGAACGCGAGGAAAUUAAAAACGAAAAUGAUUUUAAGUCGAGUCUUGUUUCCGAAUUAUAUAAAUUUAUUACCCCUGAAUCAACAGCAAAUGAUUCUAAAUCGAAUAUGGAUAGUUGUAAUUGUCUUCCGGCGUGUACUUCAAUUGAUUAUAACACGGAAACAUCUCAAUCAGAACUUUAUUACGAUGGAGAUCAACACAAAGCGAUUUCAUCUACAAAUUUCAGCAAUGACGAUGAUUAUUCAAUGUUAAUCGUUUACUUUAAAGAGUACCAAUUUAUACCAUCUGAACGUAGCGAACUAUAUGGAAUAGUUGAUUUUGUCGCAAACAUAGGGGGGUUAUUAGGAUUAUUUAUUGGAUGUUCCGUGAUCUCUGUGAUGGAAAUUGUUUAUUUCUUAUCACUUCGUUGGUGUUGCAAUAUUGCUUUAAAACAUAAACAUUAAGCGCUCUAAAAACAGUUGGAAAUAAAUAUGCUUAAUUACAUUUUAAUGCUUAUGUAAAAUAACUAUUUAUUAUUGCGAACA